UGUCAUCGAAUGUAAUUAACUUAAACUUCCCUCUACACAAAUGUAUUAUAAAUAAAAUGAACAAAGCAAUGCGUGUAAUCAUUUUUACAUUAACCUUUGCAUGUAUUUAUGCUAAAUAUAUAUCUGUGAGUGACGUUGUCAUUUGCAUAAGAUGAUAAACAGUUGGAGAAACAAUACUUAAAGGAAGUUAUUUAUGUUCAUAUUAAAUAAUGUUGUGCUCAGUAAUUCUAAUUACAUGAAGAACAAUUACACUCAAAUAGAUGUUUACUCGUUUGAUAAUAUAGAAAGAGGAACUGUUUUGAGUAGUAGUUUGUUUCUAUUGUGACAAUAUUAACCACUUAGUUUGAGAGUGCCUGGAUUAUAUUCCUAUUGUGUACAUUUCUGUAGGAUAUUAACACAUAUUGAACGUAAUCUUAAACACUACAUCUGGAAAAAGAAUGAAUAUCAGUCCAGUAAUAUUCGCUUUGAUCUUAUCUGUAGCUGGAUCAAGCACGUUACCCUGUGGGCCUAAUAGAGCAUGCUCCUGUAAUCUUUAUAACCAGAUGGAUUGCUCCGGGACAAUGCUUCCAAUAUGGAAAAUUUGUGAAUUUAUAAGCAACAUGACAUAUAAGAAUAUUUCUUAUCUGCAUAUGGAACAAAACGGCUACAGAAGCAUAGACAAACUUGACAUAAAGGGAUGUGAUAAGCUGUACGAGAUAUACUUUGGGGGAAAUAAAAUCAGCGUUAUAGAGAAAGGUGCGUUUGCAAGUCUUGAUCGUAUCACUUUACUCGAUAUUAGCAACAACAGUUUGGCUGUCUAUGAUGUAAAUGUUCGGCUAAACCUUACAUUUCCGUCAACAAUCAAGACGCUGAUGUUGAAUGGGAAUUUGAAAGUAAACAUUAAUAGUAAUUUAUCAUACCCAGAUUUAUCAUAUCUCAUUAGCCUUGAAGCGCUAUAUAUGGAUGGGAUCAGGGACAAAAUAAUUCCUGUGAGUUAUCGUUGGCUUUCAAGGUUGCAAACUGUAGCACUAUCUGGGUUAAAUGGAAAAUGUAACAUUAAACAAAUAACAAAUUCGACAUUGGAAAACAUUCCUUAUGUAAAAAAUUUGAAUAUGUCUUCUUGUCAAAUAGAAAACAUAGAUGCCGGUGCAUUUAACAAUAUGCGACACUUAGAAAUAUUAGACUUGUCUCAGAAUUUUCGCCUUGGAUUUCGUGUGCUAAAAAACAUUACAUACAGCCUACAAUUUACCAAUAUCUCUUGUGUAAAUUAUUCUCAAGUGCAUAGUACUUUCGGCUUAGGCACCCAGAUCAGAAUACAGGAUGUAUGUUACGUUUGGAAUACAUCUUUGACUGAAAUUGUCUUCAACAGUAACCGCCUUCAAUCUUUUGAAACAAACGCACUGAUAUUAUUGCCUCACACUGUUAGAAAAAUGCGAGUAGAGGACAACACAUUUACGUUUGGACCUUACUUACUGCAAUUGGGAUGUAUGGAGAAUGUCAACGAAAUUUACGCCAAUAAACAAAAUACAGCACACAACCCAAUUCUAUUUCAAAAUGAGCCUAUUGAUACCUACAACGAAAACACUAGAAACAAUUCUUAUUGUCCAUAUAUGCAAAAUGAAUUCUUGAAAAAUAUAAGCAGGUUGAAUAACAGAUGUCCUUAUUUUAAAGACGACAAAAUUAAUAUAUAUAAGAAUUGGCCAAUGUUCCCAAGGAAAUUAAAAAGAUUGGAAUUUUCUCAGUCAGAUAUGAGAUAUAGACUGACACAAUUUCAAGUUUUUCCACCCCUCGACUUCAUGGAAUACCUAGAUGUUUCUGGAAACAUUUUGUAUUCUUGGAUAGGACCCAUCGGUCCCUUUCCAAAUUUGAAAUAUUUGAAUUUAUCACGAAAUUAUUGUUCACAUAUUGGAUCAAAAUUCUUUGAUAAGUUCUCAAGCGUUGAGAAUCUGCAACUGCAAGAAAAUUUCAUCGGUUUAGUGCUUUCAGAUGAGAACUAUGGACCUGUAGUGUUUGAUAAACUGGUAAACCUUAAAGUUUUAAAUUUAUCAUCAAAUAUCAUUUCUUCCCUUCCGCCAAAAGUAUUUGCAAAAAUGUCAAAGCUAGAGACACUAGAUCUGAGUGUGAAUAACAUUGAAACUUGGACUAUAGAGACGAAUACAUUGCACAGUCUGCUACAUUUAAAUUUGAAAUUAAAUUUUUUCCACACUCUCCCUACCAUGCUCACAAAGAAGCUGGAAGUUAAUGCAAAGCGAUUGGGAAAACAAUUCACAAUUGAUCUUAGAAAUAAUGUUAUUACAAUCACAUGUGAAGGAAAAGAAUAUUUGAAAUGGAUGGUUGAACACAAAAAAAAUUUCCUUCAUUUCAAUGAAUACAUAUUUCACGACAAAGGAGGUGCAAAACUGUCAGUGAAUGGUUUUCUAAAAGUUGUAAAUACUAUUGAGAAGGAAUGCCGCUCGUACCUAGGUUUAAUAGUUCUAAAUUCCAUUGCAAUUACUUUAUUUUUUGCCAUUGUUACUGCGGGUUUUAUCUAUAAAAAUCGAUGGAAACUAAGAUACAUGAUGAGGAUAACUAAAAUUAGGCAUUUUGGCUAUAACAAAUUAUAUAAUCAUCCCAAUGAAGAGGGCAAUUUUAUAUAUGACGCUUUCAUAUCAUAUGCUAAUGAAGAUUUGCGUUUUAUCCUAGACAAGAUGAUUCCGAACCUUGAAAGACAAGGCAAACAAUUGUGCAUUCACGAUAGGGACUUUAUACCUGGAAACAAUAUUGCCGACAAUAUUAUAGAUGCUAUAAGAAGCAGCAGAAAAACCGUCGUCAUUCUUUCGCAAAACUUCUUGAAAAGCAAGUGGUGCCUUUACGAGUUCAAUAUAGCGAGAAUGGAAAGCAUCUACUCGCGAGAUGGAGUUAAUUGCCUUCUAGUUGUAAUGUUUGGAGACGUUCCAACAAAACUUAUGACUACAGAAAUGUUAGAUUGGAUAAAAUCAAAUACAUAUAUAGAGUACACAACUGACGAAGAUGGGGAGCUGCUCUUUUGGGAGAAUAUGAAAGAAGCUUUAAUGAAUAUUUAAACCAACAUGUCAAUAUAUGAGGUGUUUGCAACGGAGGAAUUAUAUAACACCAGAUCAACUUAGUUAACUAUGUAAAGUAUUAGAAUUUAAAUUUGACUAAUUAGAAAUGUUUUGUAUGCAGCCAAAUACAAUCAGGUAGUAAGCAUUGGCUUUCAGAGAAGAUAAGUAGCGCCGAGUUGUGUAAAUAGUUAGAUGAUUUAUAGGUAGCCAAUAUCUGAUGUUGCUGACUUUCUUAAAUAGAAAAAAGAACUUUAGUUUCGUAUUGGUAUUAUAUGGAGGUGCUUUUGGAAAAAGUUAAAAUAGGCCCAGUAGUAUGCAUGGUCUUUAAUGACCAUUCUGGAAAUGAAUUUAAAAAUGAAACAAUUACUAUGGACGCUUGCUUGUAACUGUUGAAAUGAGUUUAAGCAUGUUAAAAACAUCUCAUAAUUUCAUAUUGCAGUAUUAGUCAUUAUACAUAAUUAGUCUAGAAAAUUAAACACUUCCGUUUCUCUUGAAACACUUGUAUAAAAUCAUACGAAUCAUCACCGUACUUGAAAUUUAUCUGUUGAGAUAAGUCACUUCCUUAUCAUGAACUUCUUAAGUACUACAUGUACUAUGCAAUCACAGAUUCAAGAGAAAAAGAAAAAAAAUAUCCCAUUUUUUUUUUGUCGUGAUGAUUUAUUUUAAUUGUAAUGUCAUGAACUCACCAUUUUGUAACAAUUAGUUAAGGAAAUUAAUUUUAAAGACAGAAGGUUUUAUAUAAAUUUAACAUCAUUUAAUAAAACUGAAUGUUGCUUGUUUAAUUGAAUUUUGUCAAAGUACGUUCAGCCUUGAAUUGAAUAAAACGAUUAGACACAAUCAAACCGAGUUUGCUAUUAAUCUGCUUGAUUGCAUUAUAUGCUUCCAAAAGAUCUUGUUACACAGAUCAUUAAAUUACGUAUUUUCACAUUAAAUACCUUUAAUCCGGAGAUUUUAAGCAAAAUAUCAUUUUAAAUUUCAACAUACGAAAUAGAUUUUAACAUUUAUAACAAAACGUUCAAAUGCUGAAAAAGAUAUUGCCAGUUAUUAUAGUUUACCAUAACCACCCUCAAACGCCCUCGUUAGUUUCACAGCGAAACUUGUUAAAAACUUAUGAAAACUCACACUGCCUUCUAGUCCUAAUAUAAAAGCUUAUUUUGUUAAAGUCAUUCUAAAAUCAGGCAAUUGGUUUUUCAAAUUGUCGAAAAUAACCAAGGUAAAGUCGGUCAUGUUUUCGUCAAAGUGAAUAGUUUUAAUCUUUAGUCUGCUGGCGGCAAAUGAAUUUGCAUUUGCGGUCAGUACAAACCAAAGAUAAGCCUAUACAUCCAUGUAGUCUGAUCAUGGUCUGCAAUGAUCGCCCUUCAGUCAGCAUAUUGUUGGUAAGCACCCCUUUUAACAGUUAAUUGUACUGUUUAAAUCUAAAGUUGGACACGUUCAUUAUAGAAAUUUAUUAGGGUAAGGAGUUAAAUGUUUUAGUAAAAAUGCACAAAUGAAACAUUUUAAUUUUUGUUCAAUUAUGUUGAAAUCUGUCCAGCAGAUUGUUACCAGUGUAUAUUGUCACAGUUUCUAUCAUACUAUAGGAAAAAACCGAUACCCUAGCUGUCAAUUCUUCUUUCAAAUCGUAUCAAUUUUAGGAAGUAGUCAUCUAAUAGCCAUGCUGCCAGCUUACUCUGACCGCGAACCUGCAGAUCUAGAGUUUUCAAUGUUUUACUGACGCUUGCUGGCCAUAUUUUUAUAAUGAUAUUUUGCAGUAGUUGACGAAAUGAAUAAUUCUGUGGACUUAUUUUGUAAAAAGGGCUAACCUAGUGGUUUCUUACUGUAUGAUGUUCUAAGUUAUCACUGUUUUUGUCCCAUGUUUAAGUACAUAACUUUUAACUUGUAGUUAAAGGAAAGGUAAUGGCUUUGUUGAUAUUGUGGCUACCGCAUGUUUUUGGUAUGAUCAUACAAUACAUAUGUAUAUUUCUUUCUUGUUAAAUUCAAUUUUUGAUAGUUGUUUUCUCUUAUAUUUUUUUAAUAUUAAUUAUGAAUAACAUAAAAGAGUAUAAAAUU